GGUUUUGGGUUUUCCUACAGCCUCGAGUCGUGGCUCCGAUCCAUAAAAAUGGAAGCGCCCAAGUAACCCGUAUGUUAUCAAACCCUAAACACCACGUACCAUGACCGACCGCGACCGGGACCGGGAUCGGGACAGAGCUCGCGACCACGACAGAGAUAGACGGCGAGAUAAGGAGGACCGUGACCGAGAGCGGAGCCGCACUAAGAGAUCCCGUACGCCCGAGCGCGGCCGAUCCUCUCGCCACACCCGGUCUCGCACUCGCUCUCCCGAUCGCUACCGCUCACGCUCUCCUGACGACCGCUCCCACAGACGUAGCCACCGCCACUCCAACCACCGCUCCCCUUCACCCAAGCGCCGCCGUCGCAGCGAAUCCACCGACGAGAGGGAGCGACAGAAGGUCGUCUCCGACUUUGUUGACGGGAUUGUAAAAGAACAAAAACAACAACAAAAGCGCAAGGACAAAGAUGGCGUGGAUGGUGAAGGAGGAGAUGGACAGGUGGAGGGUGUGGACGAGGAUGAGCUGGAGAUGAUGAAGAAGCUGGGGAUCCCCGUCGGCUUCGACUCGACCAAAGGCAAGCCGGUGGACGGAGCCGACGUGAGCGGUGUCAGAGCUGUGACGAAACGACAGCCAAGGCAGUAUAUGAACCGCCGCGGCGGGUUUAAUCGCCCAUUACCUGCCGAGCGGAACCGGUGAAAUCGAUCCGGCCCUUCCGGGUUAGAUGGGUAGUAUCUUCUGGCAAGAAUUGGUCAGUUGCAGAGUUGGAUUCUUGAAACCGAUGAUGAGAACCAUCUAAUGAAUGAGGGCAUGAGACUUGCUUUUUGAUAACUAUCUGAUGACUGCUAUCUUGAGACUCGGAUUGUUGUAUCGGUGCAUUGUGUUUUAUUGUUCUAGAUAUUUGUCGUAUUGAUUAAAUUCCAAAUUUAAAUGCAGUAUCUGGUACUCGCUUGGUCCCUCUGAGAUAUCAUCUGAUAUCUACUGUCAAUACGCAAUAGCAUCUGAUCUGUAGAUCCCAAUUUCUUACGGAUUGCUCUUUCAUACCCAACUCCUUGUCGAUCUGCCAGUUGCCAUAGCUUGAGAGAAUGUGAAGGAGUGAAUAUGUUAUCACAGGCAUUUAAUGCUUUGAUUUGAUAUUUUAAGUGCUACUUCAAGGCAGCGAUGUCACAAAUGGAUGUGCACACAUCUAGUGAAUAUGUUAUCAUGGCUAA